AAUUUGCUUUGAAAAUGCCAGAAUCCUUCUUAAGCUUUCAGAAGCUGAAAGUGUAGUGAACUAGUUCAAAGAUGGAGCGCUGGGACUCACUGGGGUUUUUGAUUAUCACUCUCAACUACAAUGUUACGUUUGUAGGAAAGAUCUGGCUAACAUUAGUAAUCUUGCUGAGAAUGACGGUGAUAGUGUUAGCGGGAUACCCCCUCUACCAAGACGAACAAGAACGAUUCAUCUGCAAUACUUUGCAACCAGGAUGCUCUAAUGUGUGCUAUGACAUUUUCUCUCCUGUCUCUCACUUUCGAUUCUGGCUCAUUCAGACGGUGUCUGUUCUGCUACCUUAUGCUGUGUUCAAUGUCUAUGUUCUGCACAAAGUAGCCAUGCAUGUUGUGACAGCACAUUGUUUGCCAUGUAGAUAUGAAGAAAUCAAGGCAUUAGCUGGCCAUACAGCUUUGAAGGAACUCUGCAAAAAUGUUGCAGUCACUAGACCAUCCUGCAAAGCAGAUCUUCUGAAUAUUCCUGAUUUUUCUUGGGCAUAUACUGUUCAUCUUUUUCUAAGAACACUGGCAGAGGCUAGCUUUGGAGCUGGACAGUAUUAUCUCUUCGGAUUUUUUGUUCCUAAACGCUUUUCCUGUUACCAGUCUCCUUGUACCAGCAUGGUAGAUUGCUACAUCUCCAGGCCUACUGAGAAAUCCAUCAUGAUGAUUUUCAUUUGGGGGGUGAUUGGCCUCUCUUUUCUGCUUAGCCUUGUUGAUCUAGCCUUUGCCAUCCAAAGAAUGGCAGUAAGAAAUGGACAAAAUAAACCAAUGGAAGGUCUCCAUGCAGAGGAUGAGCACAGUUCAGUUCUGCCUCCAGCUGACAAGCUGGAGGAUUCUCCACCAUCUCCAGAGGACAGAGGCCAUCAACAUCUAGUGACACAUGACAGUCAUACCAGUGAAGCGUCUUGCUCACUUCACUCUGAAGAUGAAGAACUUCAGGAGGAAGAGAAGAUCAUGUCCCAGCAAACUGCCAUCUCUAACCUCAACAGUAACAGCAAUAAACCCUGUAUAGCAGAAAGCCUUGCUGCUAGUCAAGGCAGUAAUGAAGUGCCCCUAUGUAUAAGUGACCAGCAGCGUAUUCCAUACAGGCAGCUGAGACAUGGGCAACAGCAAACCUUCACCAAAGAGGCUUCCCUGACUUUGAGACCCCAAGUCAAGUCCCAUCUUGGGGUUUACUCUUUUGUAGAUCAGAGCAAGCUUUUAGGGCAUUAUUCUUCAGUUGAGCUAAAAGCUUCUAUUGGGCAAUCAAGUUGUCGCAGUGCUGGCUACUUGAGAGCAAAAAAAUCAGAAUGGGUGUAAAGAGCCGUGACAGAGCAUUGCGUUUACUGUCCUGGAAUGACACAUUUCACACCAUCUAGUUUCAAAUGGAAACCUCGGUAUUGGUUAAAUUCCAUUUUUGUGCCUAUAAAAAUAUCAUUUUACAAAACAGCUCCCUGGCUGAAUGAAGAGCAGGAAGCAGAACUUCUUGUGACUAUGACAGGAUUGUAUGGAAAUUUUUAAUAACACAUUGUGGCAGAUUUCAUUAAGAUGAUAACUUUUGCUGUUUGGAAUGUUUGAUAUUGAAUAUUAGGGAUCUUUCUAAACACGACCACAGAUUUAUACUGAUGUGGCUUCUAACUUAUUCUUUUCAGAUAUAUAUUCAUUUCAUUAUUGUUGUAGUCAAGCAUAAUAUUUUUCUUUAUAUUAGUUGAGCUUGUUUAGCUUUUCAUGUGUGAUGGUGAUGUGUUUUAUCAUUUCCUGGAUAGGAACCACAUUAAUUAUUAAACUGAUCAUAGAUAGAAAAGCAUUAAAUAUUUAGCUUUCUAGUCCCUGAAGUCUUUUUAAUGGGAUCUGUGUUGAUUAUGCUGUAAUAUCACAAAAUAUUAGGACAAAGAAACCUUUUGUAAGUCAUUGUAUUUUAUCAGCUGUGAGAAGGAAUGCAGGGAACAAACAUGGGUUGAAUGUAUCUUGUAUAUCUCUCAAACUGAUACAUGGAUAGACAGGUGGAUAAAUAAUGCAGAUGCUGUGGCAGAACUCCAGAGCUUGCUUAUUUGUCUUUAUACCUAUCUAUUUUUAAAUGACUAGAGUCUGUAGCAUAAAUCAGAAAGUGCCUGACUGUGUCUGAAAGGGAUAAUAAAGUUAAUAGUCCUUUUCCUCCUCCUGCUCAGUGGUUUGUAGUUACUAAACUUUGACCUACACUAAUAAUGCUAUCCCUUAAUUGCAGGUCAGGCUGCUGCCCAGUUUUUAGUCUCCUGCAAAUCCCCAUAGUGUGAGGCCA